CUCAACGAGCCCCAGCGUGGCGCUGAACCCCCCGGGUGCGAGCGGGUGGGCGCGCGUCCCUCGGCUGUCAUCCGCCGCCGCUUGAGCCCCCCACCCCUGCCACCCCCUCCGAUAAAACAGUCGGCGGCUUCACGAAUCUCUCCCGGAUCGUCGUCGUACUUUCGCAAGAAGACGGAAACAACAACAACCGAGAGUGUGUGGCAGUGAAGAUUAGUGAAGAUCGUAGAGACUCGGCAGAGCGGCACCAUGAGCAGCCACAACAGCCUCAACCUCCUCCACGCGCAAUGCGGCUACGACUCCGAGCUGAGCGAGUGUGGGAGCGAAGUGGACCCAUCUGAACGACAGGACCCCAGACGGCUUAAGAAAAAUGAUCCUUUAUUCAAGAAGCCGUUUGCGAAGAAUCGCAACUGCAAACUUGUACCCAAAAGCUUUGCCGCACAGGAAAAUGACAGGGAGGAGGCCAAGCAUCAGCGCACACAGUUGCUCGCUAUGGAUGCUUUUUCACGACACAAGAAAUUUGUCAACGACUACUUGCUCUACUACGGUGGGAAGAGGGAGGAUUUCAAACGGGUCAGUGAUCGAGACAAGACGGACAUGGAUGUCAUCCGGGAGAAUCAUCGCUUCCUGUGGGAAGAGGAGGAUGAGAGAGACAUGACCUGGGAAAAGAGGCUUGCCAAGAAGUACUAUGAUAAGAUGUUCAAGGAGUACUGCAUAGCUGAUCUGAGCCGCUACAAAGAGAACAAGGUGGGCAUGCGCUGGAGAAUAGAGAAAGAGGUAAUUUCUGGAAAAGGGCAGUUUGAGUGUGGAAACAAGCGCUGCCAGGAGUCGGAGGGCCUGAGAAGCUGGGAGGUGAACUUUGGUUACGUGGAGGCUGGCGAGAAAAAGAACGCCCUCGUCAAGCUGAGACUCUGCCCAGAGUGUUCCAACAAACUCAAUUACCAUCACAAAAAGAGAGAGGUGAAGAGGAAAAGAAAGGAAGAAAAGGAGGAGGAGCGGAGGAUGCGUAAGGAGAAGCGGCGUCGCUCCCACCACGGAGAGGGGACUCUGUCAGACACCGUGGAUGAUGAGGAGGGGUCUUCUUCGGAUGAGAGCAGGCAGCAGGUCGAUGCAGUGGCAGAAGGGUCUGGAGCAAGCAAGGAGCCCAAGAAGCCCAAGGAGAUGUCAGAGUCCGAUUACUGGAAGGGCCCAGUGCAGGAGACCGAGGAGAAGUGCAGGGAGGAUGAGUUUGAAGACUACUUUGAGGACAUGUUCCUUUGAGAAGCGGCUGCGCCACUCACUCCGCGCUCGGCUGGUUUCCCGCACCACUUGCAGGGGGCCUUCCUCGCCACGUUCGACACAAACUCUACCACACCACGUGUGGUGCACGCGCGUUACUCGGGAGGCACGUGACCUGGCAUGUCAAACAAAAAUCAUGAACCCAUUCUGUUUCAAUUAAACUCGUUUCACAGAAUGACAAGGUGACAGAUAUGAACUUUAACAGCAUUUAAUUAUACGGCUCGUGUGAUGGUAAAUUGGAGAAGAGAACACAAUUGUGAAAAAUGAUGGAUGAUAUUGGUCGCGAAAGCCUACGUGUUAAACAGACACAAUUGUGUGCCUUUCAAACUGGCCAGUUUUGUUGUUGAUUUUAGUGUGUGGUCUAAUUGGCACACCUUUCUUGAGGGGAGGUUGGAUUGGACUAUUAAAGAAUAUUAGCCUCCAGCUUCUUACAUGCGAUGGGUUUCCCCUCAAUGACACUCGGAGUGAUGACUCCACCACUUAACGCUUGCUUCCCGCUGUCGUUUGUGCAAAUGAGGCCAGAAUUAAUGCUUCUGUAAAUGCUUAAUCCCCCAUUAUCCUUGUACAGGAUAAUUGUGAUAUGAAUCCCGCUGCAAGGCACAGUCAAGUUGCAGCAUUGUUUGUUUACUUUGUGUUCAUUUUUGUGAAAUACAAAUUCAAUUUUACAGUUGAAUCACCCCAGAUUUGUGUUGUGUUUCUCUCUGUGAGUGCAGUUAAGUCUCGAUUUUCCGUCGGCAGAUUAUCUGGAUUGAGGAUUAACCGUGCUUGCAAAAAUAUAUCUUUACACAUGCGAUGGAACGGUCGUCUUAUUCGCCGCUAUUACGUUAAGAAACAAUAACAGAUGGCAUGAUAGGGCUUCACCUCCAUUUUCCAUGGGUAUACAAUACGUUUCUAUCGUCUAAUUUAUACAUGACUUGUGAAAUCUUUGUUUUUCUAUUUUAUCCGGACCCUCCUUCAGUACCGAUAUUCAAGAACUGACUCGAUUUUCACUUCGCUUUAACACGAACCGUAACGAAUCGACAGUGCUGCAUGAUGUACAUAUACUGUCAUUUUAGUACCAGCUACCUUCGAGGCAACUGUGCUCAUUCUCUGACAUGCCAAACUUUUGUGUCCCUUUUUGGACAUUCACACUUGAGAGUAAUCUCAAGUGUGAAUGUCCAGGUGUGAACACAAAAUGUCAUUGAAAUAUAUUACCCACAUUAUUUUUCAGAAUGUCUGGGCAGCCCCUUGUUUGAUUAAGUUAUUAACAUGCUAGCUGCCCACUAGUAUACAGUAUUGGGUAAACUGUGACAUGGCCGAGUGAUAGCGCGCUCACCACUUGUUGCAAAGGUUUACAGUUCAAAUCCAGUGGCCGCCCUGAUUAAUACUGCAGGUGUAUGAACUGUCAAAAAUAUACGCGGUCUGCUUCAGUGUCAUGGUCCAAACUUGAAAAAUCACCCGUGAACUAAUUGAUUGGGAUUAUACAAAGCCAGUAUUGCCUGCUCUGGUGGACCACAUAGCUUGUGUAAUUGGUGAUUUCUGGCUUCCUUCCCACUCGCCUGGUUUCUUGACCUAACGAGCCAGAUGGACCACAUGCCCCCCUUUCGUUGGUAAUCUUCCUGCUGAUCUGAAAUUAGUCAUGAGAAUAUCUCAACCUCUGAAUUCAAAUCAAAACAACCACGGUGAGAAAAGGCGCAGACACAUGAGUGGUGUGUGGAAAAUAACUUGGCAUGUAUACACAACCAGAAAGUCUCGCAAGAUCCCUGACUUUCGUCUGCAUUUCACGUGCGGCACAAGUGAUAUUCUGUGGAAAAAAAAUGCCUAAUGCUACUCGGAGCCAAGAGAAUUUGUAAAUCACGUAGCAGAUCACCCCUUGUGAUUUAAUUUGAGUCUUGUGCUUCCCCAAUUAAAGGCGCACACAGGCUCAGUCACACGGCUGCUUGUCCCAGGGCCUGCAUGAAAGAGCAGGUUGUGAAGCUGUUGCGUUGAGGUGGGGGUUUUUUCAGGUCAGUUUUGUACUCGCAUUUAAACCUCUCCCUAAUCCACACACUGCAAUGUAUGCCCCCUUACCCCUCGACAUCAUCUGGUGCCCCAAGAUGAUGGGGUCUGUUAUUCAGACACCAAGAGCUUACUAACUCCAAACUCGUGCCCUUGCUGGCGUGUGUCAAGAAGGGGGAGGGGGUUUGAGAGAGCAAUGCUAUCCCCUUUUUGCAGUCGUAGCGUGCCUCCAGCCCAGCUGGAAUAUCUGUCUCCGAACUGGGAAUAGAUCUUGCCAUGUGAGCCGCUCCAUGGAACAAAAAUGCUCCCAUUUUACAUCCACUUGCUGAAAUUUCAACGAUUUCUUUAUCAGCAAAAUGACCCACGUACAUUUUUUGUCUACCACCCUCUAUUGAUGGAGCAAUUGCACGCAAACAUAGCAGGGCCUUGCUGAUGAAACUAAAAGUGUAAAUCAGUCCAAGGCUGUGAUUUAAACAGAUUAUGUUCGGGAAGAAUGUAAUGUUUCAGCGGAUUGUGUUUCACAUGUACUGUCUGCAUAUCUGUAUGUUUGUGAAGCAGUUGCGGAACAUUGUAUUUGAUCCAUGCAUCGGUGUGAUGUGGGAAUAAUACUGCGAUUGUUUAAGAGAUGAUUAUGGGUAAUUGGAAUUGUAUUUGGGCUCUAUAUUAAGUUAAGGUCAGUGUUGAGGUACUUGGCACACGAAUCAAUUCAUUUUGAAGUGUAUACUCGAACACGAACAGGUCACGCCUCCAUCAUAUGGUACAUUUCCAUAAGGUUGUUUACACAUGGAAUCUCACUGGUUUUCAUGUAUUGGUUUUAAUGGCACCUCUAUUUAUGAACUGUUCCGCGUUACAGACAACUACGUAGAAGAUCUAUCGAAGUACAUUCGUAAAUGUGAUUGGCAGCACUGCGCCAUUCGAUAUUCAUAAGUUCAAGAAAGAAAUGUUUUAUAUUUGUAAAAUAAUGUACAUAUUGAGAGCUGUACAUAUACACAUUGAGGGCUUGUAAAAGUUCACGGAGACUGAAUAAAUGCUGUAUAACUUU